GUAAAGAGUUAUCGUUUGUGUGGCUAGGCACAGCUUCUCCCUCGAUCGGCAGCUAUGGCGGCCCUGGCGGCGGCAUCGGUAGCGGCGAUUCAUUCAUCACAUUCCCUAGGGCAGUUGCCACCGGUGGCGGAGCGGAGCGAUCGAGUCGGAUUUCCUGGCGCGAGCAAGUCCUUCUUUGGAGGGAAGAUCUCAUCGUCGGAUCUAACGUACAGCCACAGGCCAUCUCCUUCGACUUGGAACUUUUCCGUGAGAGCAGCGGCAGUGUCCACUGAAACUGUGGAGAAAGUGAAGAAGAAAAACGAGGAAGGAGUUGUCACCAACUUGUUUAGGCCGAAGGAACCUUACGUCGGGCGAUGCCUCCUCAACACCAAAAUUGUGGGAGAUGAUGCUCCUGGAGAGACUUGGCAUAUGGUUUUUACGACCGAAGGAAAAGUUCCAUACCGAGAAGGCCAGUCCAUUGGAAUUGUCCCGCCCGGAUUGGAUGCCAAGGGAAAACCUCAGAAACUUCGACUUUACUCCAUUGCUAGCAGUGCUCCAGGGGACUUUGGCGAUUACAAGACUGUGUCUUUGUGCGUGAAGCGCCUCGUGUACGUGAAUGACAAGGGAGAGGAAGUCAAGGGCGUGUGUUCCAACUUUCUCUGCGAUCUCAAGCCAGGAGAUGAAGUCAGCAUAACUGGACCUGUUGGGAAGGAGAUGCUCAUGCCAGUCGAUCCAAACGCCACAAUUAUUAUGCUUGGUACUGGUACUGGUAUCGCACCCUUCAGAGGCUUUUUGUGGCGGAUGUUUUUUGAGAAACACGACGACUAUAAGGUGAGUUCUCUACAUAAAAGGUCUCUUCUUAAAAGUAAACAAGAAUGUUGGCUUUGGCAGUUUAACGGGCUAGCCUGGUUGUUCUUGGGAGUUCCAACUAGCAGCUCACUACUGUACAAAGAGGAAUUCGAGAAGAUGAAAGAAAAGUUCCCAAACAAUUUCAACCUCGACUUCGCAGUGAGCCGCGAGCAAACAAACGCCAAGGGCGAGAAGAUGUACAUCCAGACGCGAAUGGCCGAGUAUGCCGAGCAGCUUUGGGACCUCCUCAAGAAGGACAACACCUACGUCUAUAUGUGCGGCUUGAAAGGAAUGGAGAAAGGAAUCGACGAUAUCAUGACCAGCCUCGCAGCCAAAGAAGGGAUCGACUGGGCGGAGUAUAAGAAGCAGCUCAAGAAAGGCGAGCAGUGGAACGUCGAAGUCUACUAAACAAAGCUUCGCUCGCGAAAUCGCUUGAUGCAAUGCCGCAGCAUUUGUCGAAAGCUCCUUGUAAAAGUGACACGUCAUUUUGCCACGUA